GGCCUAACUUUCAGAUAUAUGUCUAAAAUCGAAGCUAUGUAUACCCCAUAAUAGACAGACCUCCAAAACACAGUCUCUUUCGGCCAUAUCCCAUUUAAAUUAGGCCUUGUUUGGACAGCAUCAUGAGGGUCCUUCUAGGCACCGAAGGCUUCCUGAAUGUCUGCAAGUACCGGGUACGAUGGUACUGCAAGGGGAAGUCAUAUCUGCCUCCAAAGGAACUCUACGAUAUGGCAAAGAAAGCCAUCGAAGACCACCAACAAACGAUUUCGGCACGCCUAAGGCCAGUUAAAGCUAAAAAAUCGGAUACUGCUGUUUUGGAAAUUUUUUGUCGGGCUAAUGCUUCUUCAUCAGCUAAGAACUCCGAUGAUGGUGGCAAGUCGAAAGAUGUUUUACACAAGCAUCCGAUACCUACUGUUGCCAGCAGCCAGAAAUUCAACAAAAAUCUGGAUUGCAUAAACCUUAUUGUGAACCAGAACAUCCAACCACAAUCUAAAAGCCAAUCAGAGCCACCUCAAAAAAAAUUGGAAACACUGGAAGUAUUUAGCUGUAAGAAUUGUUCUGCUAAUGGCUCUGUAAAGCCACGAGGCUUUUCAGAUAUGAUGAUUGUAAACUGUAAGGAUUGCAAUGGAGAUGAAAAUAUGCAAUCUUCAGGGUCAGUUCUGGGCACGGCGAUACCAACCCAACAAGGAAAUAAUGCCAAACAACCAAUCAACGUUAUAAAAGAAGUUCCGAAAUCUCCGUCAAAACCACUGGUUGAAAAAGCAAUGUCCUCAAAACAAGAUCCAAACGCAGAGCCUCCACAAAAACCCCAAGAAUCUCUAAGUCUUCCUCCUCUCGCCGAAAGGUUUGCCAUGCCGCAAAAAUUGGCUUUUCCAAUGGGAAGAAAUCCCUGUAUAGACGGGAAAAGAGACGAGAAAUCGAAGUGCCCCGCACCCAAGCCUAAGCCCAAAUCUUGUUCUUCACCCCAAGAAGGACCCAAAACCCCAGUUGAUGCGAAUGCCCCUGCAAGUACCGGACCACAAGGGACUAAAACGAAUGCACAAGUUAAAAUAAAUCCUCAGAAAUCGGAUGUAAGACCAUCAUCCCCAGAGAUGCCCAAAGAAAGCCCACAGCCAAAUAACCCUCAACCAGAGAAGUUACCACCAACUCCUAGUGUUGGAUUUUCCAUGCCGAUGGAUUCAGCUUUUCCUUCGGGAAGAAACCCCUGUACAGACGGUGAAAAGGAUGGAACGAAAUCCAAAUGUGCAGCAUCAAAACCUGAACCAAAGAAAAAAACAAAGGUGGACAGUUCUAUGAAAAAUGAAAAACUAAAGGCUUCUGGUAAUAAUGAUUGUAAGCAAGAAAAGAAAGAAGAAACUUGCCCAAGAGCAUCAUUAGUUCAAGAGGCAGCAACUGUUUCAAGCGGUUCUCCCAAGUCUAAGAUUGAACCACUGGCAAGUGUUGCACCUAAGGAAAAACCAACAAAAGAAAAAUCAUCGAGACAAGGUGCCGUCAAUCCAAAGAAAUCGCAGGUUAAGCGAGAAGGUCCUUCGGCUAAGGCCAAUGCCUCUCAAAAACCAGCUCAUAAGCAAAAAUCGAAAUCUACAGAAGAAAAGCUACCACCGCUGCCAUCUUCCAGUUUUUCAAUGCCGCUCUUGUCAGCUUUUCCAAUGGGGAGAAAUCCCUGCCGAGAUGGUCCAAGGGGAGCAUCAGGCAAGGAGUGCUCAAAACCUAAAGAUAAUCCCUGCGGUCAAACGAAAGUCAAACCAUGCCAGUCCGAAACAAAUUCCUGUGCUUCAAAAACGAAAACUUCUGGCGCCGGCAGCUGCUCUAGUAAAACUUCUCAGGAUAAAACGGCUUCAGCUGGCAUUGGCUCACUUCCUCCAAAAAAAGCAAAGCCAGAAGACUCCUUAAAAUCUGUCGAAUCUUCUACUUCACCACCGCCAAAAGCAUCUUCCAAGGAUGUUCCGCCUCCUCCGCCAGCUAAAAAAACUAAACAGUCUUCCGGAGUUUCAGUGGAUAAAGAAAUAAGUUCUUCCAAGGAUCCAAGCCCCCCAGCUGUAAAGACUCCAUCCCCACCGCUGCCACCACCGCCUGCUAAAGAAGUUAAGGAACCUUUGGGUUCUGCACCGGCUAAGGCUCCGCCUCAACCCCAAUCAACAAAGAAGAAAUGUGACGAAGUGAAAAGCGUUCCACCGGUCUGUGAUAAAACGAAGUCUGAACAGGGUCCAAAGAAAUGUUCGGAAUUGGGAAAAAAUCCAAAAAGCAGCGAGUCUAGUGAUCCGAAUGUGAAACCCAAACUAAAAAGGUUUCCGGCUCUUCCACUGAAACAAAGCCUCGCCAGCUAUAUCAGCAGUAUUGAACCCCUUCUCACCGAAGAGGAACUCAAGGAGGAGCAGAAGAUAACAAAGAAGUUCGGAGAGAACGAGGGCGCGGAUCUCCAGGAGCUGCUGGAGGAAGAAGCCGAACGUUGCAACAACUGGCUGACUCCGAGGUGGACUCGUUCCGCCUACUUAACCUAUCAGGCCCCACUGACCGUCUUCUCCAGUCCGGGUCUCUCCUUCCCCAUCCAAGAGUUCGCAGAACCCGACGAUUUUCUUAACUUUACUGCCAAGGCGAUAUAUGCCAUUUGCGAAUUCAAAAAGCUGGUGGACCAGGACAAAAUUCCAGUGGUCAAGAUGGGCAAAAAUAAUCUGGACAACAGCCAGUUCUGCAAAAUCUUCGGGACGGUUCGCAAACCUGGACGAUUUUGCGACACCAUCGAGCAGUACAGUGAUUCCGAUUAUGUUGUGGUGGUCUACAAUAACAAUUAUUACAAGUUGCCCCUUUACUCCGAAAGUGGACAACUAUUGCAUGUUCACAGCCUGAGAGAUGCACUGGAGAAGAUUCACAACUGUCCCAUAGACAAGGGCGAACCCUUCGGCCUGCUGACCCACGACAAUAGAAGCAACUGGGCAGAGGCCUAUACGGCACUUUGUUGUCCGCAUGGAAACGCAGACUCUGUGGAGACUAUCGAGCAAUCCCUGUUCUUGGUCUGCCUGGACAAGUGUGUGCCGAUUCCCAAGGGUAAGGAGAGGAUUGUGCAGGCCCACCAGCUCCUCCACGGCGGCGGACUGCUCCAGAACAGCGCCAAUCGUUGGAUGGACAAGACAAUCCAGUUGAUAGUAAACCCGAAUGGAUUGACUGGGUUCUGCUACGAACACUCUCCCGCCGACUGCCAGCCACUGGCCAUGCUGAUGGACUUUGUGCAGCAGAAAGUGAACGAGGAGAACUACGGUUGCGAUAGCUGUGGCUCUGACAAGGACAUCUCGUUCACCCUGCUGAAAUUUCAGCCUGUGAACGAGUGCAUCAAUUUGUGGAUGUGUCAGGCUAUGCGCAAUAUCCAAAAGAUAGCCAGUCAGCUGCAGAUGAACGUGUUCCAAUUCGAGUGCCACGGAAAGUGCUUCAUCAAGGCACAGGGCCUGAAUCCGGACAGCUACAUCCAGAUGGCCCUGAGUCUGGCCUACUACUCCAUGCACAAGAAAAUACCCGCUCAGUACGAGUCGGCUCACCUGAGAAUUUUCUGCGAAGGUCGCACCGAAGCCAUACGAUCCACCUCCAACGAGUCGAAGGCCUUUGUCCUGGCCAUGGAGUCAAAAACUGCUUCCAGCAACGAGAAACUGGCAGCCCUGCAAAAGGCGGUGGAUGCCCACGAGAAACUUAUAAAGGAAGCUAUCAGUGGACAGGGCAUCGAUCGCCACCUCUUUGGCCUCCAACAGAUGGCCCUGGAGAACGAACUACCACUGCCGGAAUUUUUCCUGUCAACGGGAUUUGUAAGAUCGGUAACGUUUCAGCUCUUCACCUCUCAGGUGGCCACAUCGCAUGCGGGCUUCAUGGCAUUCGGACCCCUUAUAUCCGACGGAUACGGGGUCUGCUACAAUCCCCAGGAAGAUAAGAUAAUCUUCGCCAUAUCCGCUUGGAAGACCUGUCCAGAAAUAAGCCCGGUUAAGUAUGGUAAGGCCAUCAAAGGCUCGCUGAACGCCAUGAGAAGACUUGUUCUGGCCACAGGAGGCGAUUGUGUGGGCCAAAAUCCGUGCAAAUGCGAGAAAACUCUGUUCUAAAAGGCAAUCUUAAGCCAAACCCUCAUGUGUUUCGUUUCAUGACAAGGCAAAUACACACUCGUUAUAUUUUAGAUGCAUUAA